UCUAUGUGUACAUAUUGAUUAUUCGGAUAAUUAUGGCUCAGUGUCCUAUUAAGUCUUGUGAAAUAUGUGGGAGUUCCCCAGGAAGCAGGUUCUGUGUAGACUGUGAACAGUACUUUUGUAACAUAUGUGAAAUCUCACACUUAAAAACAAAACCAUGUAAACAUCACGUUUUUCAACAUGCACAUACAAUCAACCCGGAAGAAAAAACACCCGUUUGUGAAAAACAUAAUGAGAGAUUCCUUUAUUUCUGUAAUACGUGUUCCUGCUUGCUUUGUAGUAUAUGCUUGACAUCAUCACACAAGACACACGAUUUCUGCUUGUUAGACGAAGCUGGGUCACAAAAAAGAUCAGAAUUCAACACCAAGGUCAAAUCGUUUGAAACUGACAUACAUAAAGCCGAAAAGAAAGUAGAUGUCCUUAGAAACUCGUUGGAACAGUUCAAGGAUGCAACAGAGAUUGCAAAGAAAAAAAUCGACGAAAAAAGGAAGAGCCUCAUUGAUGUUAUUAAUAAUAUAUCGGAUGGAUAUUUGAAAGAGAUUGAGGAAAAGAAGUUAAAAGAAACACUGAGAAUUCAACAGGAAAUAAACAAACGUAGAAAUGAAAUUAUAAAGAACAAGGAAUCUAUAAAUAACGUAAAAACAUCUGUGAGCAAACAAAAUAAUACGAUAUUUCUAGUAUCAGUAAUAGAAGUAAAUAAAAAUAUGCCUUCUUUAAAGAGCAUGGAAGAUGUUACAGAAUUACCAACAAAGAUUAAUUUUGAUCCCGCAAAAACUAUGGAGGAUGAGAUUGGAAAAACUAUAGGUGUUUUGACAUUAAGCGCAGGUGCCAUAAUGAAUCUGUGCAAUGCGCCAAUUACUAUAGGUAGUUUAGUUCGAUUAAAGACGGCCACACAUAGUAAAUACAGGCAUGGAGUGGAUCGUGGUAGCGUUGGUUCCGUGAAAUGUGUUUAUUUUGAUGAAAGUGUCUUGGUUUCUUUCCCAGAGAAAGAAAAUUGGUCUGGCAUGUUAGUUCAUAUCGAACAUGUUUAGUGAUAACAUUAAUGCAUUUAAAACAGUGAAAAACAAUUCUAGACCUUACGCAAACUAUACUGUUUUUCCUGAUAUUUGUGAAUAAGUGUUAACAUUUUUAAUGCUUUUACUGGUAACACAGAUAGAUAUAUGAACAUCUAUAGUUUUUUUUGUGUAAUUUGGUCUCUUGUGGAGAGUUGUCUUAUUUGCAAUCAUAAUACAUCAUCUCAUUUUUAUAUUCUGCUAUAAUAUAGGCUCCAUCAUCUGAAAUCAGACCCAUUUUAUCCGCAGGCAUCUUAAGUUUUACUUGUGCAAAAAGUUAUAGAAUUUGUACGUACAAGUCAUUGUGCUAAUGGUAUUUUAAAAAAAACUGAAUGUGUGUUUGUAUUUUACCAAUCGUGUAAUAUUCAUCAGUCAAAUUUCGAAACUACGGUAUAUAAUGUAUAGCGAGAAGGAAUUAAAUAAUGUAAAGUGAGCAUUAUA